CUGUUUGUGUUAAUAUCAGAGAGUGUACGCCCCUUAUCAUCUUUAUUGCUGCUGCUGCAUACUUAUUGACCAGUGAGUCUUUCCUUUCCUCAAAUCACUUUCUGAGUCUCCAGACCUCCACCUGUUCACCAUACAGGAUGUUGACGUUUACGUUGUUGCUCCUGGCUUUGUCAAGUUUACAUGCUGCCCCACUGAGGGAUCAUGUAGUGGCAUCCCCUAGAGGUAGGCUUCAGGAUCGCAGGGUCCUGGUUCUGCCCCGGAGCGUCCCAGUGGAGGAGCGCAGACAGGGAACAGAGCCCUCCAGACGCUUCCUCAUGGACCUGAACACCGGCCUCGUCAAGGAACAUAUCAACGAGAUGGACAGGAGAGUGGCACCAGUGUACGUUCCUCCCUCUGUGGAUGAGUUCAGACAGGGAACCGAGAACUCCCAGAAGACUCUGGUGGACAUCAGGAGCGGACGCAUCAUCAAACCUGUCGGAGAGAUGGAGAGAAGCAUGAUAAUGACUCCUCAGGAGCCUAUGGAGGUCCCAGUCCCAGUCCAGAGGAGAGUGGGAGGAUGGGUGAGGGCUGAUGUUUUGCCCUGGAGCGUCCCAGUGGAGGAGCGCAGACAGGGAACAGAGCCCUCCAGACGCUUCCUCAUGGACCUGAACACCGGCCUAGUCAAGGAACACGUCAGUGAGAUGGACAGGAGAGUGCCACCAGUGUACACUCCUUCCUCUGUGGAUGAGUACAGACAGGGGACCAAGAACUCCCAGAAAACUCUAGUGGACAUCAGGAGCGGACGCAUCAUCAGGCCUGUUGGAGAGAUGGAGAGAAGCAUGAAACUGACACCUCAGGAUGAGAGAGACAGAUUACAAAAUGUGAGGCUGGUCGAGGCUGAGGUCCGGAGCGUCCCAGUGGAGGAACGUAGACAGGGAACAGAGCCCUCCAGACGAUUCAUCAUGAACCUGAACACCGGCCUAGUCAAGGAACACGUCAGCGAGAUGGACAGGAGAGUGGCACCAG